CUCCCGCCUCCUCCGCUUCGCUUGCUCUAAACCCUAAUCUUCACUCUGUCCGUCUCCACAACUCAUAGUUCAUAUUUCCGAUCUUUUCUUCACCAACUCGAAGAUGGCGAAGAAGAAGGAGAGGAAGGUCAACGUGUCGGGGAAGCCGAAGCACUCUCUGGACGUGAACCGGAAGGAUGGCAAGAGCGAGGCUCGGACCGCGGCCACCGUCCGGCGCCUCAAGAUGUAUAACUCGAGGCCCAAGCGUAACAGCAAGGGCAAGAUCGUGAGCCACGAGCUUCAGUCCAAGGAGCUCCCGAAUACGCGCAUUCAACCUGAUCGUCGCUGGUUCGGGAACACAAGAGUAGUCAAUCAGAAAGAACUUGAAUUUUUCCGGGAGGAGCUGCAAAGUCGGAUGUCAAGUAACUAUAAUGUUAUUUUGAAGGAAAGGAAGCUGCCUCUGUCACUCCUCAACGAUCCUAAGCAGCAAGCCAGAGUUCAUCUACUUGAUAGAGAACCUUUUGGGGAUGCAUUUGGCCCUAAGAAGAAGAGGAAGCGCCCAAAUCUCUUGGCAGCAGAUUAUGAGUCAUUAGUUAAGAGAGCCGGUGGUUCUCAGGACGCUUUUGAGCAGAAGCAUGGAUCGUCUACAGAAGGGAAUGAAGAAGAUGGACUCAGAGACUUGGUGCGCCAUACCAUGUUUGAGAAAGGUCAAAGUAAGCGCAUAUGGGGUGAGCUCUACAAAGUCAUAGAUUCAUCAGAUGUAGUCGUUCAGGUUUUGGAUGCUAGGGAUCCACAAGGUACAAGAUGUCGUCAUUUGGAGAGGCACUUAAAAGAGCAUUGCAAACAUAAGCAUAUGAUUCUUCUCUUAAAUAAGUGCGAUCUGAUUCCUGCUUGGGCCACAAAGGGAUGGCUUAGGGUAUUAUCCAAGGAAUAUCCUACGCUUGCAUUCCAUGCAAGUAUCAAUAGGUCAUUUGGCAAGGGUUCGCUCCUAUCAGUGUUGAGGCAAUUUGCUCGCCUGAAAAGUGACAAGCAGGCAAUAUCCGUGGGAUUUGUUGGCUAUCCAAACGUGGGAAAAUCGUCAGUGAUCAACACAUUGAGGACAAAGAAUGUUUGCAAGGUUGCUCCAAUCCCAGGGGAGACAAAAGUUUGGCAAUAUAUAACGCUCACAAAACGGAUUUUCUUGAUUGAUUGCCCUGGAGUUGUAUACCAGAAUAGCGAUUCUGAAACAGACAUUGUUUUGAAAGGCGUGGUGAGAGUCACCAAUUUGGAGGAUGCUUCUGAACACAUUGGAGAAGUCCUGAAACGUGUGAAAAGGGAACACUUGCAAAGAGCAUAUAAGAUAAAAGACUGGGAAGAUGACAAUGAUUUUUUAGUUCAGCUAUGCAAAUCAAGUGGCAAAUUGUUGAAGGGUGGUGAACCAGACCUGACAACUGCAGCAAAGAUGGUCCUGCAUGACUGGCAAAGAGGUAAAAUACCCUUCUUCGUUCCACCUCCUCAACAAGAGAAGGAAUUGUUAGAAGAACCCGCCAGUUAUGGUGUAGAAAAAGAGGCAGCAGUGGACAGCAACAAGGCAUCUGCAGCAUUCCGAGCAAUCUCGAAUGUGAUCACAUCUCAGCAGCAGAAAAGUGUGCCUGUACAAAGAGACCUCUUCACUGAGGACGAGUUGAAGGGUGAAUCUGCUGAUCACGGGUCUACUGAGGAUGCAGUGACCGAGGGGAUCCCAGCCUCAGAAUCAGAGGACAAUGACUUGCGGCCUUCCCCAGAGGAAGACGCCGAGUAAUCUCAAGUCUCCAAUUUUGAGAAAAGCCUUUUAAUUUUCUAGAGAUGUUAUAAUUAUGGCAAGUGUAAUCCAGUUAAGCUAUCCGUUUCAUUCAAAGAAAGCAAAAGAGGAAUAGUUAUUUGUUAAACGUGGUAUAUAAGCGGUCUUUCUGGCUAGUUCGAGUUUUGAA